ACACACAAAAAGAAAGAAAGAAAAAAAUCUUCUCCAUUCGGCUACCCUGCUUCAGCAAUCACACACAAUCAUUAUUUCACAAAGAAAGCUUUAAAAUAUAGAUUGAACCACGAGUAUGUCCUACUUAUAUUUUACGUCAUGAUAUCUGCUUGUCACUUGCCCAGCAGUUUUUUUGUUACAUCAGGAGUUGUCUAUGCGCCCGGUCUAUGAAUAAUCAUCAUGACAACACCUGGGAUUACAUCGUCUGUGACAUAUGACCUGCUCACCGACCCGAUAUGGAAUGCGACGACACCUGUAGGGGUGGGGCCGUCGCCAAGGAUUGCACUGAUUCGAUUGGUUCGUACGGUCGUCAUCUUCUGUGCUCUUCUCACCAUCAUGAUCUCUAUGGGUUGCUCCAUCACUGUAGCUGAUUUGAAGAAAGGUAUCCGACAACCGUUGAGUGCAUUGAUUGGUAUGUUGUGCCAGUUCGUCAUUCUACCCCUGUCUGGGUUCUGUAUGUCAUUAGCCUUCUCACUCCCUACACCGUAUGCUCUCAGUGUGCUUAUCGUGUCAUGUUCACCAGGUGGAAAUAUAUCGAGUGUCUUUACUUACUGGACCAACGGUGAUGUGUGCCUCAGCGUGUGUAUGACAGCAGUAUCGACGCUGGCAGCUAUCGGGAUGAUGCCCCUCAAUCUCCUCAUCUACAGUCGUCGAUGGACUGAUAAGAAAGCUGUCAUUCCUUUUAUCAACAUCAUCAUCGGAUUGGUUGCCAUCAUCAUUCCUGUCAUCAUCGGGAUGAUCAUUAGAUGGAAGAAAGAAAAAUGGACAAAACCGAUAUCGUUGGUUGGUACCAUCAUAGGGAUCAUCCUCCUCAUCACAAGCGUUGUCUUGGAUUACAUCGCCGUUCCAACACUCUUCGAUGCUUCAUGGAGGCUAUGGCUCAGUGCCGGUCUAGUACCACCAAUCGGCUUCCUGGUUGGGUAUGCCAUCUCCUUCAUCAGUAGACGAACUACCCAGCACUGCCGUACCAUCGCCUUCGAGACCGGCUGUCAAAACGUCGUGCUCGCCCUCGCCCUCAUCAAACUGACCUUUCGAGGCGACUUCCAGCUCCAAGCGGAAAUGAUCAAAUUUCCCAGCAUGUACGCGAUGUUUAUGAUCAUCUAUGCCGUGUGCUUCAUCACUUCUUUUCGCCUCUAUGUUCGACGCAAGACUGAGAGUGACUAUGAGUUUACAGCUAUUAAGGUGGAUAAAAAAGUUGAAGACAAGGAAGGCAGUGUUGAGGAUGGAGAAGAACAAAUAAAGUAAUUUCAAGAGAGCAUGGAACUUUUCAUGCUGAAUUAAUACGCAGGAGGGGCUACCACACAAUACGGGGGCAACCACCCUACUUUCUAUUGCUUUAAUCGGCCCCUCGCUUAUUGUGAUUGCAAAAAUGUCACUUUUCAAAAGUCACAAGCCAAAUAUAAUUACUUUGAUUCCAUUUUAUUGGAACUAAUUCCACAUUCUCAUCAUGAAAAAUAGUCAGAAGACUUGUAAAAGGUACUUUCUAAAAGACGAUACAACUUUUUUGGCUAAAUUUCACGGUUGAAUAAACACAAUUCCAAAUUUGCUAUAAUUGGAUGUUUUACACAUUUCUAUCAAUAAAAAUGAUAGAAUAUGAUGACAGUUAUUUUUGGGAAGAGUAUCUUCAACAAUUUUCAUCGUUUCACGGUUCAAUGAGCAUUUAUUGAAAACAAAAAAUACGAUUUUCAAAUAUCAUAGGCAUGUAUUGUUUCAUUUUGGUAACUGAAAAUGAUCUUUUCUCAACUUUUUCGUUAUGUUCAUGACCAAUUAACAUGCUUCAAUGAUUCAAAGGCGUUUAAUUAAACAUUCACGCUUGAAUGAACAUGUGGAAUGUGAUUAGCUCUUUUUUACGUUAUUGGAAAAAAUGCAAUUUGGAACUAUGGAUAUCUGCCACAAACCUCCUUGCAUAGUUAAUUUGAUUUGAUUUUUAUGAAAAUCCCGAUGUUUAAUGCAUCAGUGAGCACACAAUAUUCGAAAAUUAUGCAAAUGAGAAGAAAGUUCAAGGCCUUGGCCCCACUCUGUGCCGUAUCGAAUGGUUAUUUUGGUGUGCGCGCCUUUUGGAUAGUGUUACUCUGAAACCAUGUGCGAAGUUUCAUGAAAUAACUGUUGGCAGAAGUAACAAAAACCGUCCAUGAAACAAACCCUCAUUUCAUAUUCGUUAAAAUUUUGACUUCCUCUCUCAUAGACUUGUGUACAUUAUGGGUGCAUAUGUUUAAGAAUAAGUAACCCCUUAAUUCAAUAUGGUGGAACUUUUUUUUAAGGCUGUCUUUAGCAAUGUCAUUUGGCAGUAGUGUUUAUCAACCUAUGGGCAGAAUUCUGUGCAGAAAUGAAAUUGAUUUGUUUAUUUAUGGAUGAGUGAGCACGCAUUAAAGUGGGAAAAUUGGUAUUUUGAAUGUCACAGACUCAUUUUAAAGGGUAAUAAAGUGAAUAUUGGGGGCAAAUUCGGUUUCAAAUGUGACUUUAAUUGCUGUUGUUUUUAUCAAACAUCAUUUCUAUCACCACACACUUUCCGAACUUUAAACAUUUUCAUGGUUGAGCGAGCACAUUCGAAAACUUAGGAAUGAAUACUAUUUAUACUGCAUAAAUGUAUCAUUUUCUUAACAAUUUCUCAUGAUUAGUUUAAUUUAUGGACAAAUCAGUGGUGGAUCCAGAAUUUUAUAAUGGGGGAGGGGCCUAUAAUCGGGGGAGACAACAACAUUUUCAAACUUUAACAUGAUCUAACAAGUUGUAGAGGAUACUUACAUAAACCCCUAUGCUGAUACGUCACAAUACAGGGGCCGCGGAACGGUUUUCAAAGUGAGGGGGGGGGGGGGGGCUGACCAUGCAAAAAAUCACAAUCAUAUGGUCAUUUUACAUUUUUGUACAUGCUUUUUUAAAAAAAUGGGGGGCUAGAGCCCCCCCCCCCGCUUCCGCGGCCCCUGCAAUACAUUGUGCUCACUCAACCAUAAACAUACGAUAUGAAAAUUGUGUGUGGAGUGGCUAAAUUAUGGAUAGUAAAACAGUAAAAACAACUUUAGCCCAACUUUGUAUUUGCACAAUCUGAAAAACGACUCUUGUGACUUUCAAAAAUGGUCAUUUUGAAUUCAAUCUUUAAUUACUCAUGCAUGACUCAUUCGAUCAAUCUCAUUUUUCACCAGGAGUUGCUUAAUGAGUGUAGAAAACCACCUACGAAAUAUCAUAUCUCAAAAUAAUUCCCUUCAAAAGUUACAGCAAUUUGAUUUAGGGGGGACUUACUUUUUUUGUUGUGUAUAGAUACAAUAAAUGGGAAGAAUACGUUGACAGGGUAACACAUGAAAUCUUAUAGAGACUUAUAUUCUCUUUUUUUUUAUGUUUGUUUCUAUCAUCAAUAUUUUUGCUACUAUGUUUUAUCAUUUUAUAUCUUAUCUUAUAUUAUUUUUGUUUUGUCUGUAUGUUUGUUUUAUCAUCAAUUUUUUGCUAUAAUGUUUUGUAUAUCUUCCUUUGUUUUUUAUGUUCUUAUAUUAAUUUCAUCAAGGGGCCCCUUUCACAAGCUCUGCUUCUAUGGGGUCCCAAACCUUUCUCUUUGCCAACCUUUGUACUAAAUAUUUGUAUUAUAUCACUUGAUUGGUUUGAAUAAACUUAUAUCACUUA